AUGGACUGGCAGCAGAAGGCUCAGCGCAAGCGAGAUGAGCUUGCAGGAAAAAUUCCUUCGGGAUGGCGAAUAUCGUCAGACCUGUUAAAGAAGGCCGAUGAGCUGGACAAUAUUCUUGAUAUUCCUCGACAGAGCGGCAUCCUGACCGAGCGCGAGAUCGACAUCACGGAAAGCUCAGAUGCUACCGCUCUGAUCUCGCGUCUGAAGGAUGGUGAAAUCAGUGCUUACGAGGUCGCAGUCGCUUUCUGCAAGCGAGCUGCCAUAGCCCAGCAGCUUACUUGUUGUCUGACGGAAAUCUUCUUCGAUAGGGCUAUUGAGCGCGCAAAGGAGCUAGAUCGUCAAUACGCCGUAACUGGAGAGCUCGUGGGACCUUUGCACGGUAUCCCGAUCAGUCUGAAGGACUCCUACAAUGUUACUGGUGUUCAGUCUACCCUUGGCUACGUUUCGUUCCUGGAUCGACCUGCCCUGACGUUCAACAGCCCGAUGGUGAAUAUACUCUUGGACGCGGGCGCCGUAAUCUACGUGAAAACCCACCUGCCCCAGACGAUGAUGACGGCCGAUUCUCACACAAAUGUGUUUGGCCGAACCCGCAAUCCAUAUGGUCGAAACCUGACGGCUGGCGGUAGUUGCGGCGGCGAGGGCGCUCUGAUCGCGAUGCGUGGCUCUAUUCUAGGAGCUGGAACGGACGUCGGUGGUUCCCUACGGAUCCCGUCGCUGUGCUGCGGUACAUUCGGGUUCAAGCCGUCCGUAGGCAGGCUUCCAUUUGCCGGCCAGACCCCGCCAGGACGGAUCGGCAUGGCAGGAGGAAUAGCAGUUUCGACCGGGCCCCUUUGCACAUCCACAAGAGACGCAGACCUUUUCUUCAGGACGGUGGUUUCAUCACAUCCGGAGAAUCUGGAUGACAACUCCCUUGGAUUCCCUUACCUCGAACCGCUGAAGCUGGUGUCUUCGCUGACAAUCGGGAUCCUCCCAGAGGACCCUGCUCUCCCUCUACAUCCAUGCAUGCAGCGGACCCUGAUUACGGCGGCUCGUAAGCUUGCCGCAGCUGGCCAUCGGAUUGUGCACUUGCCAAAAGAAGAACUCCCAUCACUCAUGGAUGCUUGUGACCUAGCCUUCCGCUUCUUCAACAUGGAUCCUGACCGCACCCCGUUGCGUAUUGUGAAGGAUGGCGGCGAGCCUUACAUUCCGUCCCUCAGCAUGAUAUAUAACGUGGAGGGCACUGACCCCGAGCCGACCUUGCGCCAACUCUACGAUUUGAACGUUGCCAAAGCCCAAAUCACGGCGAAGAUGCGGCAGGCCUGGCUGAAGAACAGAGUUGAUGUUGUCUUAGCCCCUGCCUACCAGAGCUGUGCCCCUCUCCACGAUACGUACGGCAAGAACAUUUACACGGUGAUUUGGAAUAUGGUCGACUAUCCUGCCUGCCUCAUCCCGUUUGGGCAUGCUAAUAAAGCCGCCGACGCCGAGUUUAUUCGUGACGUGCAAUAUAGCCCUGAUUACAAACCAGACGAAAUCGAGGGCGCACCAUGCCACGUUCAGUUGAUAGGCAGGCGGUUGAAGGACGAGGUCCUGCUCCAACAUGCAAAGGUCAUCGAGAUGGUCUUGGCCGAUGGAAAGUAGACUCGGAAUUCCCGAGAAGAGAUACCGUCAGGCAGAGACAGACCGGUGCGGGAAAUUGCUUUGAAGGAUUCAAAUGCACUUGUUUACCACCUGCAAGAUUAC